ACGAAUUUCCGAACCAGAGUCGAAAAUUGUAGAAUCUCGCGAAGAGUGCCAGCCUGGUCUUACCCUCCCCUUCCCGAACCCUUUGACCUCAUCGACAAGUCAGCCAACGUUCGCAUUCAAUACCGCCAAUGUACGUUCAAUAGAUUACCCCCUCGUCCGGUCGACCCUCGAUUUUUUCCUUCCGACUGCUGGCCUAGCGAUUACCCAACACAACCGCAACGUCACCAUUUCCGAAAGACAGCCGCUUUCCACGAACAACUUUGCUGGGCCAGACGAAGAGAACGAAUCGAGGGUCGAUUAUAGGAGGAUCUUCCGAAAUUUUUACGAGGGAUUAUUUUCUGACUGAUUGUUCAAGAUGCGCACGUACGACGACACGUUCUCCGGACAGAGAAUCUACCCUGGAAAGGGUAAGCUCUACGUCCGCGGUGACUCCAAGAUCUUCCGUUUCCAGAACGGAAAGUCCGAGUCCCUCUUCCUCCAGCGCAAGAACCCCCGCCGCAUUGCCUGGACCGUCCUGUACCGUCGCCAGCACCGCAAGGGUAUCUCUGAGGAGGUCGCCAAGAAGCGCACCCGCCGCACCGUCAAGGCCCAGCGUGCCAUCGUCGGUGCCUCCCUCGAUGUGAUCAAGGAGAAGCGCUCCAUGCGCCCCGAGGCCCGCUCCGCCGCCCGCGCCGCCGCCAUCAAGGAGUCCAAGGACAAGAAGAACGCCGACGCCGCCGCCAAGAAGGCCGAGAAGGCCAAGUCCGCCGCCGCCGGUGGCAAGAAGGGCCCCAUCGCCUCCAAGCAGGGCUCCAAGGGCGCCGCUCCCAAGGUCCAGGCCCGUACCCGUUAAACAGCCUUUUUUUUCUAGUCUCUCGUUGAGGAAUUGGGGAAAAAAAGAUUAUGGGUUUUGGGCUUUUUCUUCUCUUGACAUGAUGAAAUAAAAAAAGAGUAAAAACAUUUCUCUGUCGAGACGGCGUGAGGCUGGUGUGACAUGCGGGAAGCAAAGAACAGAAACGGCCACCAACCAAUCCCGGCCGAGGGUUAGGUUCUUUCUCUCAACCCUCUGGCUGGUGAGGGGGACCGUUUGAUCGAAGGAACGAACGCUUCUGACAACGAACGAUGGUGAAAGGCACAAUACGACCAGGUUCAAAAACUUGAUUGGAGUCGAGGGUUCAUUGUGCUUUGAAACGGGGACUUUGGGGUUCUAUAACUACACAAUCUCACGGGUAGCACGGAAUUUGCAUGGAAUUGUCCCAACGGGGGAUUCUUACCAACGUU